CUGCCUGAAACUUGGGCGCUCCGUCAGUCUGGAUGUUGAUGGCAGGACAGGGGGGCGCCUGGACCAUGGGCGACGUGGUAGAGAAGAGUUUGGAAGGGCCGCUGGCACCUUCUACGGAUGAGGCCUCCCAGAAAAGAGGAGACCUGGUAGAAAUCUUAAAUGGGGAUAAGGUAAAAUUCGAUGACACGGGACUCUCCUUAAUUCUGCAGAAUGGCCUGGACACCCUCCGCGUGGAAAAUGCUCUGACAGAUGUCAUCUUGUGUGUGGACAUUCAGGAAUUCUCCUGCCACCGCGUGGUGCUUGCCGCGGCCAGCAACUAUUUCAGGGCCAUGUUCUGCAAUGAUUUAAAGGAAAAGUAUGAGAAGAGGAUCAUUAUCAAAGGGGUUGAUGCUGAGACCAUGCACACUCUUCUGGACUACACAUACACCAGCAAGGCGCUGAUCACCAAGCAGAAUGUGCAACGGGUCCUGGAAGCUGCUAACCUUUUCCAGUUCCUGCGGAUGGUGGAUGCCUGUGCUAGCUUCCUAACAGAAGCCUUGAAUCCAGAAAACUGUGUUGGAAUACUGAGGCUGGCAGAUACACACUCCUUGGACAGCCUGAAAAAGCAGGUGCAAAAUUACAUCAUCCAAAACUUUGUGCAGAUUCUGAACUCUGAGGAGUUCCUAGAGCUUCCCGUGGACACUCUGUACCACAUCUUGAAGAGUGAUGAGCUAUAUGUAACAGAGGAGGCUCAGGUGUUUGAGACUGUGAUGAGUUGGGUCCGACACAAACAGGCAGAACGACUCUGCUUGCUCCCCUACCUCCUUGAGAAUGUGCGCUUGCCACUGCUGGACCCGUGGUACUUUGUGGAGACGGUGGAGGCAGAUCCUCUCAUCAGACAGUGCCCGGAGGUCUUCCCGCUGCUUCAGGAAGCCAGGAUGUACCACCUUUCAGGCAAUGAGAUCAUUUCCGAGCGCACCAAGCCCAGGAUGCAUGAGUUUCAGUCUGAGGUAUUCAUGAUCAUUGGUGGCUGCACAAAGGAUGAACGGUUUGUGGCGGAGGUAACCUGCCUGGACCCCCUGAGGCGCAGCCGCCUGGAGGUGGCCAAGCUCCCCAUGACGGAGCAUGAGCUGGAGAGUGAGAACAAGAAGUGGGUGGAGUUUGCAUGCGUGACAUUGAAAAAUGAGGUCUACAUCUCAGGUGGCAAAGAGACACAGCAUGAUGUUUGGAAAUAUAAUUCUUCAAUCAACAAAUGGAUUCAAAUUGAGUAUUUGAAUAUAGGCCGCUGGAGGCAUAAAAUGGUGGUAUUAGGUGGCAAGGUCUAUGUGAUUGGAGGUUUUGAUGGCUUACAGAGGAUCAACAAUGUGGAGACCUACGAUCCCUUCCAUAACUGCUGGUCAGAGGCAGCACCCCUUCUUGUCCACGUCAGUUCCUUCGCAGCUACCAGCCAUAAGAAGAAACUCUAUGUGAUUGGGGGCGGGCCCAAUGGGAAACUGGCCACAGACAAGACUCAGUGUUAUGACCCUUCAACCAAUAAAUGGAAUUUAAAGUCGUCCAUGCCGGUGGAGGCUAAAUGCAUCAAUGCUGUCAGUUUCCGGGACCGCAUCUAUGUUGUUGGAGGGGCUAUGAGAGCGCUGUACGCCUACAGCCCUCUGGAAGACAGCUGGUGCCUGGUGACCCAGCUCAGCCACGAGAGGGCCAGCUGCGGCAUCGCGCCCUGCAACAACCGGCUCUACAUCACUGGGGGGCGGGACGAGAAGAACGAGGUCAUCGCCACGGUGCUGUGCUGGGACCCCGAGGCCCAGAAACUGACGGAGGAGUGUGUCCUGCCCCGGGGGGUGUCGCACCACGGCAGUGUCACCAUCAGGAAAUCUUACACCCACAUCCGGAGGAUCGUGCCCGGAGCCGUGUCGGUGUGACUGCGGGAGGGCGGAGCCACGGGGGCGCGGGGCGAGGUGCCAGGAGACCUCCCUCCUCACCUGUUGCCCGGGUUCGUCCCACCUCAGACAGCAGGCUGGGCUGGAGCUACAGGACACACACCUGGGUUCCCCGCGGCUCCGCAUGGGAGCUCCUUUUGGAAGUCACAGCUUUGGGACACCAGCCAGGAAUGUUUGUGCGACCUACCUCAGGAGGGAAGAAGAGUAAUAUGUAACAUUCAGGACAGACCUGUCCCCUGCCAGGUUCUGUGCCAAGCACUUUUGUGUAUCAAUUUGUUUAACCACCAUAAUGACCUGGUCACCGGACAUUAUCACUUCUGUUUUACAGGUGAGGAAACUGAGUUUCAGAGAGGCGAAGUACUUUGUCCCUGGUCACCCAGAUUAUAAGUAGCUAAAGCCAAGAGGCUAACUCCAGGUCUUUUCAAUUUCAAGGUCAGUGACGGUUCUGUCAUGCUGCCUAUUUCUGCAUAGGAAAACAACAAACUAAACUGGCUCAUUUUUUGUUUCUGACAAGUUUGCUGAAGGAUUCACUCAGCAAGGUGGGGAAAUAAAGUUUUUUUUUUUCUUUCUUUUUUUUUCUUAUAUUUAAACCACAUGGAAUCCUUGGUGUUAGAGCCUUGGGCUCCUUGUCAAGAGGGUUUCAAGUGUUGUUCCAUCUGACAGGACCGGAAGAUGGGUCUGGGAAGACCUAUAUGCUUUGAAAGAGAUAAAAAAUAACUUCUCACCCAUCAAAACCUCUUUUUUUUUUUUUUUUUUUUUUUUUUUAAUAAUCACAGAGGUGCAUUUUGGACUAGAACUCUUGUUGCUACACACAAUUGUACCUUCAGCAGAGUCCAGUGCCCCGGCCUCUCAACGUCCAGCACUUGUAUUGCAGUGUUAAAAGGGGUUUCCCAGAGACUCGGAAUACUGUUUUUGUUGUUGUUUUUAAUGUAAACAUCCCUACACUGCUGGCCACUGCAAGAAUGACUGACCCUUCUUGACAGUAUACUUUCUGCUUUUUAGACUGUGACUCGAGUUCAUGUCCCUGAGACCCCACCCUCCUGGAACCUUAGUUUUCAGGAUCCUUUCAAGCCCUUCUGUUUGGUUUUUGGUUCAGUUUGGCACAAUUUUGACUCAAGGAGUGGAGUCUGUCCUUCGCUCUGAUAGAGCUUUCCAAUGAGCUCACUGGAAAUUCAUUCUAAUCCCCAAGUUGGGGAAACAGAUUAAGAGAUCCUGUUUCAUGUGCUGUACUUAAAGAGCAACAACAAUGAUAGCAACAUAGUAACUGCAUUACCCAAUGCGUUUUAUUUUCAUCAUAUGAUUUCAAAUCUCUUUAAUAGAGUUUUAUUUCAUGUCAGAGGCAGCACAUUGUGCCUGUACUUCUGGAACAGUUUGGGCAGUAGCGGUUUUAGAGUUUAUAGUGAGUUGAAUUUUCAUAGAAAAGUUAUGGUUAGAAGAAGCUUAAAGUUCCAAGCUGAUAAAAAAGGACUUGGAACAUUACAAAUGAGACUUCUGUGUAUGCUUAGAUCAUUGAGGAUAAAUAUAAACACAUGUUGGUGUGUGAAAAGCCCUGUGCCUUAGAAUCAGGUGUGACAGUUCAGCUCCCUGCUACAAAAAGUAGGAAGGGAAAAUACAAACAUAUCUGGGGACAUUUAGAACACAUUACAGUACGUGAUGUACUUACUCAUGAGCACUAAUAACCUUAACAAAGCUUUCAACUGAAACAAGUUAAUCUAGUUCCAUUUAGCAGACAUUCAAGGAGUUCUUUCUAUUUGUCAAGACUUUGGGACACAAACAGGUAAGAUAACCACCCUGAAACAUUCAAUAAACAGGUAAACAGGCCACUAGUCAACAUUAUAGUUUUUCUUUUCAUCAAGUUAGAGAAAAAUGAUACAUCUGCAAAGUUAUGAGGUUACACCCACUUCUUUAUUGCCCUUCCAGUGCUCUUCUUGGGAAGCUGUGCUCUUAGGUCAAUGAUGCGGCCAUCGCUUACAUACUUGACUUCCUUUGAGAUAGUCUUCAGAAACCAUUUAUGAGUUAUAGGAGCAAUCAUUUUCUGAAGAUGAUUUCAGGAAGAACUUCCAAAAAGUCUAUCCAAUGACAACAUCAGUGGCAUUUGCAGAGAGCUCCCCUCAGAAAGAGAGUGCUCCUUGUCAUCGAGAACUUUUGUUAAGAACAGUUGACAAAUUUUGUGCCCAUCAGUGGAUCAGCCUUACUCUGGGAAAGUGAGGAUUCAAGACCUCUGUGUUAUAAAUCUGCUUCUAACUGUAGGACCCAAGUUUCAGGACUAGUUCAGAAAAUGUAAAUGAAGUCAAGGAAAGGAUUCUGUGUCAUUUUUCAUUAAAUAUUUAUUUUUGAGACAGAAAGAGAUAGAGCGUGAGUGGGGGAGGGGCAGGUAGAGAGGGAGACCCAGACUCCAAAGCAGGCUCCAAGCUCUGAGCUGUCAGCACAGAGCCAGAGGCAGGGCUCAAACCCACAAACCGGGACAUCGUGACCUGAGCCGAAGUCAGAUGCUUAACAGACUGAGUCACCCAGGUGCCCCAGCUUCUAUGUCAUUUUAAUGUCACUAGAUAUGCAGGUCAAUUGUAAAAUCUCAGAUGCCUGGCCCUCAAGAGAGAUCCUCAAUAAUGGCAUGGGUUGGCAGACAGAUACACCUGUUAAGACGACACAGAGUCCUGCACUUAAGGCUGCCAGUCAGUAGCUUUUAGGGAAAUAAGAGUUCAAGUAAUUCAGAGAAACUUUAUAAGCGUGUCAGGAUUUAAGCUUUUAGGCACUAGCCAAGGAUGGAAGCUCUUAAAAUCUAAUUUCCAUUUACAGAUAAACAAUCAAUCGAAAAAUCUAGUUUGUGUGAUUGUCGUACCCAUACCACCAUCGGGGGAUGAGGCAAAUUGGCACCAGAUGAGUAAGAGGCAAAGGGCCCUAGGACUGAGGAAGGGUAUGUGGAACAUCCUGGCAUAACACACUGGAUCUUGAAGCAGGUCAUGUGAAUGGACAGAGCAUCCCUGUCUGGGAGGAAAAGGAUGAGGUAGGAGGAGGAAGACAAAGUCAGGUUUAAGGAUACAGGUCUAGAAAAUGAUAUCAUGGUCCCUAGAGUUUGUGAGCAUGACUGCAUUCUAGAGAAGCGUAAGGGAAGAAUAAGGAACAGAGGUUUCAGGGAGUGGCUUCCAGGAGAAGAAAGGCACAAAUGAGAGCAGGACUGGCAGCCAGACCCACUUGUUGGGGGCGGGGGUGCCUCUGAGCUUCUUGGCAGGGUCUUCUAUUUUACUGCACUUAAAGAGAAUGAGGCCCAGAGGCUCUGAUGGGAUGGAAACUGUAGGAGAGGUUAAGGGACCCUAGUUCCCACAGCUGAUCUGAAAUGGGCAGGGAGCUGAUCUCACCUGAACAUCAACAGAUACAUGUUCUCUUCUUAGCCUUCCCCACAUCUUGCAAUCAAUGACUUCAGGAAACACACACACACUCACACACUCACAUUUUGCCCUUGAACUCAAACCAUUUCUCAGGGAAAUACAAAUAUCAUUUGCUUAUAGCUGUGAAAGUAUAGCUUUGCUAUUUAUAAAAGCACUUGAGGUACUGUUGUUAUUUAUAUAUCCUACUUGAUUUUGAAAAAGAAAAGUACUCAUUAGAAUUUUCAGAGUGGGCAAAUACCACAGGAAUUUCCUAUAUAAGGUCCUAACUUGGGGUUGAAAGUUCAUUUUUUCCUUUAAUAUUUGAUUUGAGUGUUGUAUUGGAUCUCAUAAUCUGAAGAGUCAAUCUUCAUGGAAAUCCACAAAUAUCUCAAGUAUGGCUAUUGCAAAACCAGUUUUGGCAGGCUGAAUAUUCAUAUUUAUGGGUAAAAAUAGUCAACACUUAGUUGGCUAAGUCCUUCAAGCAUUUUGGUUAUAUGAAUCUGUAUUUUUUUAAAUGAUCAAACUAAGGAUAUUGUUUAUAUGUAAGUAUACAAAUAAAAUUUGUAUUUAUUCAA